AUGGCUCAAGACAGUACUGAAUCAUCGUCAUCAUUCAACAGCAGAGGAGGAAGAGGUGGUGCUAGCAGCAGAGGAGGUAGCAGAGGAGGCUUUAGCAGCAGAGGCGGUUCUAGCAGAGGCGGUUCUAGCAGAGGCGGUGCCAGCAGAGGCGGUGCCAGCAGAGGCGGUGCCAGCAGAGGCGGUGCCAGCAGAGGAGGUGCCAGCAGAGGAGGCUUCAGCAGCAGAGGUGGUAGAGGAGGCUUCAACAAUAGAGAUGGUGCCAGUGACAGAGAUGGAGGAAGUAGAGGUGGUUUCAGCAGAGGAGGUGCCAGCAGAGGAGGUUUCAACAACAGAGAUUCAAAUACUGCUGCUGCUACUACAACUACUGAAAAUCGUGAAAACAACUACAACAACAAUAGAGGUGGAUCUUCAUCAAGAGGAGCACCAAGAGGUGGAGCUAGAGGUGGUUCAAGAGGUGGAUCAUCAAGAGGUGGAUUCAACUCUAGAGAUGGUACCGAUAGAAAAUAUAACAACAAAGAUGAAAACAACAGCAAAGCAACAGACAACAACAACAACAACAACAACAAAUCAACCGAACAACCAGAAAAGAAAGAAAAGUCACAUCUUUUCUAUCAAAAGAAUUUCAAUAACACUCAACAGAGUUUUGAAGAGAGCAAGAAAUUAAAGAAACAACAAGAUGACAAACAAUCAAAGAUUCUCUCUCGCAACUAUACUACCAAUCCACCAAACUAUAGCGAUUAUGAAGAUGUCCACAACUAUGCUGCUUAUCUUUACAACAAAACUUUACAAGUUUAUUUGAAAGAUUUCCAAAAGAAUGCCAAGAGAGACGAUCAAAUGAAUGAAAAGAUGCAAUACCAAGGUACAACAGCCGAUAGAGUUGCUGCUGUUACUUUACUCGUUCAAUCUGCUCCAAUGUUCCGUCUUGAAUCACUCGAUACCCUUUUGGAUUUAGUUGAAAAGAAAUCUGAUCGUGAUGUUGAAUUGUCAAUGGUUGCAUUAAAGGAUUUGUUUGUUUCAACUCUUCUUCCAGAUAACAAAUUAAAACGUUUCAGAGAAAGAAUGCCAGUAACAAAAGAAACAGCAACAGAUGAUCAAUUAAGUCAAUGGUAUUUUGAAGACAUGUUAAAAUUAAGAUAUGGAAAGUAUAUUACUCGUUUGGAACAUGUUGUACGUGGUAACUCUGUUAUUAUGCGUACAAAGGCUUUGGAUAUUAUCUAUGAACUCUUGUCCAAGAAACCAGAGUUGGAAGAGAUUCUAUUGACUCUUAUGAUCAACAAGUUGGGUGAUUUGUUGCCAAAGGUAGGUGCCUUGGUCUCCAAGCAUCUCAGAUCACUCCUCUAUAUCCAUCCAGGUAUGCGUAUCAUUGUCAUUCGUGAAGUCGACUCCCUCAUGAAUCGUUCCAACGUUUCCAAUCUCACUCAACUAAACUGUAUGCGUGUUCUCUCUGAAAUGAUCGUCUUUGCCAAGGAUGAUACCCUCAUUACCAAGCUCAUCGAUAUCUAUUUGACUUUCCUCAAAACAAUCACCGAACAAUCAAAAUUCAAUUCACAAAUCAUUCCAGUUUUACUUCGUGGUAUGAAUUCAGUUGUAUCUGUUACCAAUGAACCUUUAAAUCAAUUCGAUGACAAGAUUUUAACUUUAUUCAAGAUUGUUCAUUCUGCUCCAUUACAUACUUCAAUUAUGACACUUUCAAUGUUGUUUGAAAUGAAGAGAAUUAAUACUAAUAUUGGAGAUAGAUUUUAUAAUGCAUUAUAUUCAAUUUUAAAUAGAACUGAUAUUGUUGCACAAAUGGAUCAAACAGCCAUGAUUAAUCUUUUAUAUAAAUCACUCAAGAACGAUACCAAUCUUCCACGUGUAAAGGCCAUCAUUAAAAAGAUUUUGCAAUUCUCAUACUACCAACGUCCAUCAUUUGCCGCAUCAUCCCUUUUACUUUACAAGAGGGAGAAGGUGAACAACAACAAAAGGGAGAAGAAAGAAAAGGAAAAAGAUAAUACUUAUGAUCCAUAUGCUCGUGUUCCACAAUUUGCCAAUGCUGAUGAAUCAUGUCUUUGGGAGUUGAUCGCAUUCACCGAGCAUUACCAUCCAUCGAUUCAAGUAUUCGCUACCACUAUUCUCUCUGGUGAACCAAUCACCUUUAAGGGUAACCCAUCCGUCACUUUUACCAUCCCAGCUUUCCUUGAAAAGUUUGUUAUUGUCAACCCAAGCACCAAGCUUUACACCCCGGGUCAAUUGCAAAUCCGUUCCUCAUCGAUUGCCAAAAAGUAUGGAGCUUCUCUCCCAGACGAACAAUUCCUCAACCAAUUCUUCAAGUUGGACGAAUCAGUCAAACCACACGGUGACAAGACCGGCAAGCGUAAGGGCUGGAUCGUCGAUGAUGACGAACUCGACGAGGCUCUCUACGGAGCUGACAAUGCCGAUGUCGACGACGACGACGAUGAAGAUGACAUGGACGACUCUGAUCUCGACGCCGAGUACAGCUAUGAAGAUUUGGAAGACUCUGACUUUGAAGAAGAUACCGCUCACUAUAACGCAUCCCAUGAUGCUGCCGUCCCAAGAAAAGGAAAGAAGUCUGCUUCAACUGGUGAUUCGUCAAAGAAGAUUUUAGAUGAACUCGCAGACGACGAAGAAUUAAUGGCUUACAAUAGUGACGAGGAAGAUGAAGAUGAUGACGAGGACGAAGAACAAGAUCAAGUUGACGACGACGAAUUCCAAGAGAUUGACGAAGACGAUGUUGAGACUCCAGACUUUGGCGAUGAAGGUAUCGAUGAAGACGACGUUGAAGCACCAGAUUUUGGUGAAGAAGAUGAAGAUGAAGACCUCGACGAUGAGGACAUUGAAAUUCCAAAAGAAAUCUUGGCCAAAUACGGAAAGAAGAGUGGAAAGAAGACAAGAAUCUCUGACGACUUUGCCGAUGCCGAUGACUUUGCUCAAAUGUUGGAAAACAACAAUGAAGAUGAUGGUCAAAACAAAAAGAAAUUAAAAUUCCAAAAUAGUAGAAUCAUUACCAAAAACAACAAGUUUAAUAAUAAUAAUAGCAACAAGAAAAAUAAAAAGAGAAAAGAAAUUGAAAAUGAAAAAGAGAAAUGUUGGGAUUUACAACAUGAAAGAAUAAGAGAUAAUAUGAUCAAGACACAGCUGGAGGCAAUAGAAACAGGUAGUUGUUUUAUUCACAUGUUGGAUAAAAAAACAAAGUUGUACAUUGCUUAUUUACUAUUUCAUGGUCAAUUAGGUGGUUAUAGUACAAAUGCAUUCUUUGUAACAUGUACAUCAUUAUAUAAUCUUCGAUUUACAUCAACAAUAUCACCAUCGGUCAUAACAAUUAAACAAAAUCAUCCAUAUUGGGAUCAAUCAAUCUAUGAACAUAAUCGUUGGGAUCCCAAUACAAUGAUGACAGAUGAUUAUAAUAAUCAUACGCUUCAUGAUCUUAUUAAUCGUUUGGUAUACAAGAUUGAUUCAAGUCUUGACCUGCUGCAAGAUAGAAAAGUUUAUUUUACUCAACAAAAUAAACCAAUUAUUAAUAUGGUCGUUAUUUGUACUCCGGAUCAUGGAAAGGAAAAGGAGAAAAAGGAUUGGAAUUAUAUGAUGUCAAGAUACAUAGAAUACGUUGUUAAAGUUAUAUCAUCAAUACCAAAUGAUAUAACACUACGGUUGGAACAAACCGUUCGACAAGAUCAUGUUCAAUUGGUUAGUGCUCUUUCACAACUCGACAAUAUUACAAGAAUCGAAUUGUUUGGUGAUUUCUCUCUUGAUGACCAAUUCAUUUCUCAAUUUACUCGAUUCAAUCGACUCUACUCGAUGCAAAUAAAAGAUGAAUUAGGUUUGGGGUAUUCACGAUCAUUGACGUGGCUCAAAAGCCUCUCUCAACUAUUACAUCUUUGCCAUUUGGAAAUUAAAUUAAGGGACUCUCUCCCAGAGAUUUACUUGAACGUUUUGGAACCAACUUCAUUCCCGUCUCUCCAAUCUCUUACCAUAUCUUCAUCAAGCCUCCAAGAUAUUGAAGGUAUUCGAUACUUGAACAAGUUAAAAUACCUCUCUCUACAAGGUAGUUAUAAAGUCAAAACUAUUCCAAUCGAGGAUUUACAAUAUCUAACUCUACUAGAUACCAUCAAUUUGAUGUAUUUACCAGAGUCUCUAUUAUCUUGCUCAAUUGAAACACUUCCAAAUCUUUUAACCAUCCUAGGAAGCGUCUCUUCUUCAUCUCUAAAAUUACCACCUCUUUUUAAAUCAAAUAAAUAUCGACAAUUAGUUGAUAAUUAUGCUGAUAAGUGGAGGAUUUCUACUUGUAAUUGGAUUCAAACGAAUAGGCAACAACAACAACAACAACAACAACAACAACAACAACAACAAUUCGAAUUGGACAUAAUAACAAGUUUAAAUAGAAUUAGAGAUUUGGAAAAAGAAGUUGAAAUGAUUGAAAAUGAUUAUAAAAAAGAAAUGGAAAAUAAUUUAUCACGAUAUAAUAAUCAAAUAAUAACCAACAGUAGUAGUAGUAGUAGUAGUAGUAGUGGUGGUGGUGGUGAACACAAACUAUCAUUUAUGGCAAUAGAUCAUCAAAUUAAAAAAUUAAUUUUAUCAACCCUAUCAACUAAAGAUUUAAAUUCACUAUCAUCAACAUGUUCAACAUUUUACAACACUAGACAUUUAUCACCCUAUACAUUUGCAACAAAUAUGACACUUAAAAAUUGGAAUGAAAAUGAUUAUAGAUUGAAAAGAUAUGUAAUUAAUCCAACAAUGUCCAUCAACUUUGGAUCAUUAAGAAGAAUACCAAUCGAAAAUCCAUAUUUCCAAUCACUUGAUUUAACGAUUUGUAGUUCAAGAGUUAAUAGUUUUUAUACAAAAGAUAGUACAGGGAGUCAUGGUAGAGAAUUUAUCGAGAGUUCUCGUAAAUUAUUUAAAGGUAUCAAUUCACAUGAUUGGUUUACUAAUAGACUGGUAACAGAGUCUUUCGAUGGAUUGGAUCAUCUUGAUCGAUUAGAACUUGGAUUUUCCUUACCAGGCCCUACUAAACCAAAUUAUUGUGGUCAAUUACCAAACUUUACAUGCUCGGGUGUCAAAUACCUAUGUUAUGAUGGCUAUCAUAUUCCAUCAAAUAUUUACGAUACCUUUCCAUCUCUUACUAGCCUCAAAACAAAAAAUGGUGGGGCUGUUAUUUAUUCAGAAAGAAUGGCACAACAAUUACAAGAGUUGGACAUUUACGCAACAAAUUGUUACCCUCGACGGGAUGUUCUGAUCGGGGAUUUAAAGGAGCUCAAAUCACUAACCAUCUCUGGUUUUCCAUAUUCAAUACCAGAAUCAAUUGGAAAACUAGUCAAGUUGGAAAAACUAAAUAUUAGCUCAGGGAUCUCUGAUUGUGUGCUCCCACCAACUAUCUUUUCUCAACUCGAUUCACUCGUUUCACUUUCCAUUAGCCUGAAAACGUUUACUCAAAUUCCAUCAACAUUAUAUCAACUAUCCAAACUAAGACAUCUCAAAUUAACUGGAUCUCCUAUUACUAUUGAUACUUCUCUUCCUUUUUUUAAUAAUAUUAAAUUGGAAUUUAAGUAA